CUUCCUGUCCUUAUGAAUCGCUGGCUCUGCCUCAGUGUGUUGCUCGUGCGAUCAGCUGAUGUUCUCGGGGUUUUCCGUCUCAUUUCUUCACUCAGCAGCUCCACAGCGUCUCACACAGAAACACGGAAGAUGGAGAGGAAGCUGGAUCUUUCCCGCCUGACGGACGAAGAGGCCAAACACGUGUGGGAGGUGAUCCAGCGUGACUUCAACCUGCGCAAGAAUGAGGAGGAGAGGCUGACGGAGCUGAAGACGCGCAUCGAGAAGGAGGACACGAAGCAGGAGCUGCUGGGCUCAGAGAGGAACGUCUCCGACUCGCUCUGCAUCCGCUGCCUGCAGCCCUUCAAGUUCCUGGUCAACAGCAAGAGGCAGUGCCUGGACUGCCGCAUGUUCACCUGCAAGUCCUGCAGCCGCUACAACAAGAAGGAGCACGGCUGGGUGUGUGACAACUGCCGCAUGACCAGGGUGCUGAAGAUGGGGACUCUGGGCUGGUACCAUGACAACGUGAGGAACCGCUUCAAACGCUUCGGCAGUGCCAAGGUGAUGCGGUCUCUGUACAAGCGCCUGAACGGAGACGGUGGUCGUGAUGACGACACCCAGAGCAUGCCGGAUGUCGGCAGCCAUGGAUACAACGGCACCGAGGACGAUCCUGGAGAGGGCGAGGCUCAGAGCUACAAAGUGAUGAGGAAGAAUAAACGUCUGCUGUCGGUUCAUCCCAUGGACUUUGACUCAGAGGACUACCUUCCUCGCUCACGGCGACCUUCUGAGCAGCAGAUGCAGGAUGAUCGAUAUUACCGGAACGACGGGGACUACGACUACUACACUCACCGAGGGAACCGCAGAAAGAGUCUGGACCGCUACGCCAUGAGACCCGGUCAGCAGGAUAACACAUGUUCUAAAGAUGACUAUGCAGACAACCGGAUGGUCCGGACCCGCUCUCUGUCGAAGAUCAGCUCCUCGGUGGCUAGGCAGCAGUAUGUCGACACCUCCGACGAGGAAGAGUACCAGAGGUUUCCUCCUGUUCACCAGCAACCCCACCACCGCAGAAAGAACAGCCGAGCCUCUUCCCAGGAGAACCUGGGCCAAGCCCCACCUAUCAACGAACUGAACAAGCGGAUGUUCGCCAUCGAGAGCCUGCUGAGCCGUCUGGAGGAGAAGAUGACUCCUGCUGAUGAGGCCUUGACUUCGUCAGCUCCAAAUGAGGAGGAGAAGCUGAGGAGGAAGCUGAGUGAGCUGGCAGGAAACCUGAGCGAUAAAUGCCUGUCGUCAGAUGAUGAGGCUGGGAAGAAGGUUUUCCCUGGGACUAAAGGGUCUUCUGGCCUCAGGGGAGGACCAGUGGUCCCUCCGGUCUCCCGGAAGAACAAGGAGCUGAGCUCGUCCAGCGAUGAGAUGCCAACAGAGGCUCAAAAGAGAUCCACUGCCGCCGCCCUCUGUGACCUCACCACUGAGGUCCUGAGAACCAUUAACGCCACAGAAAACGCAAUGGUCGAGUACGGCCUCGCAGAGCCGAUCGACAGGUCCCUCUUAGUUGGCCCUGACGUAAAGCAGGCCGAUGAUGCUUUCAGGGAACUUGAGGAAAAUGUGUACAUCACGGCCGGACAGUCGUAUGAGCUGGAGUCUAAGCUGCGGCGACUCGAGCAAAGCGCCAAGAACCGUUUUGGAGGGACGACGGACUCUGAGCUGUCGGAGCUGGAGGAUGUGGUGGCGCUGACUGCCGCCAGAGUACAGAGCGCCGAGAGCGAGGUGUCGGACAUUGAGAGUAAAAUAGCAGCUCUGAGCGCCAAGAAGAAGAGAGUAACGGCGCUCCUUGGAGAACCAGCAAUAUGUUCUGAACCAGGCCCGGUUUCAGGAUGCAGUUCACUCCUCUUCCUCCUGCUCUUCAGCCUCCUUCAUCAAUGUUCACGGACCGGAACCGGGACACACAACAAAUCAGAGGAACAUCAUGGAGUUCACAGAACCUGCAGAUGGAGUUUAAACCUGAAGGGUUGGAUCUUUGGGUUAUUUUAUUCUGUUCUUUACUCCUGAUAAACCACCAGGAAGGUCCAACAGAACCAGAGGAUCCUUCUGAGAUUCAGGAUUCUGUCUGCAUCUGAUUGGCUCUGAGUUCUAGAAGAUUCUUCGACAUUACAACUGGCACAUAGAGUAUCUCACAUCGAUUUCUUCUUCUUUUUCUUUUAAAACAUAAAGUCUGAUUUUAAAUCAUGAUUUCAUUUAUUCUGUCAAAUCAAUCGACUCUGAGUGGAAAAGUAAUCACACCCCCGGUGAAAUGAUUGAAAUUAACUCUUUAAUCUCAUAUCGCUGGUUCAGUUUGUCCAGCCACACCUGAUUCCCGUUUCCUCCGCACUCUGAAGGACUGAUGAUGAUGAUGAUGUGUUUAGCUUCUGUUCAAUAAACAACAUAAACAACUCA